UCUCCCCUUCCCAUCCUGUCGUUCCGCCUCUCUCCCCGUCCAUCCUGUCAUUCCUCCUCACUGCCCUCCUAUCCCGUCGUUCUACCUCUCUCCCUUCCUGUCCCGUUGUUCCUCCUCUCUCCCCUUCCCAUCCCGUCGUUCCCGCUCUCUCCCCUCCCGUCCCGUCGUUCCGCCUCUCUCCCCUUCCUAUGCCGCCAUUUCGCCUCUCUCCCCUCCUAUCCCGUCGUUCCUCCUUGCCUUGUUCAUAA